UAUGGAACUUUUCAUUAAACUUGGUAUUUUUGUAAUAAUUGGAAUAUUUCAAUACGCCAAAUCUGACGAUGAAUAUUUUGGAUUUACAAAAGUUCCAAAGACGGAAAUCACUAAGCAUAUUGCAGUUUAUAGAGUUUCAAACCUUAACGCUUGUAUGGUCUACGCUCAAAGGUCGUAUAUGUCAAAGGCAAUUACGUUUGACGAAAAGACGCAAAGGUGCUACUUACAUGAUAGUCUUGAUAAAUCACUACAACAACCAAACAAUGACAUAAGUCUUUUCAUCAGACACGAAAAUAUUAUUGCUAAAAAUUACUUUGCUGUCGAUCAACUAUGCUCGGCUGGUGAUGAUAUUAAAACUAUUAACAAUACCCUUCUAGAUCGUUGCGUAAAUACCUGCAAUACUCUAUCCAAUUGCGUUUCAUUCUCAUUCAAUACUGUAAGGAAAAUGUGCUGGUUGAAAGAUAAGAUUAAAUCUUACGAAGAGUUUACUUCCCGACCCCACAACGUUUUCUAUAUUAAAGAUAAAAAAGCAUUCUUCGAUCAUAAAGAUUUUGAAAAGAGAAACUUUGAAGCAAAUCGAGGCGAAGAGUUGAAAAGGAUUACGGUUGAAAAUGAUGAUUUUCAACAGUGUUUCGACGAAUGUAAAAAGUCUGUUACCUGUGCGGCUUUUACCAUAACCAAUGAUAUCUGUUACUUGCAAAAAUCAGUUAAAGAUCCUAUAGAUAACGUAGGAUCCAUAUUCUUUGUAAAGAUGAAUAAUGAAGUAAACUGA